UAAAAAAGCUGAUUAAUGCGUGUCCUUCGGGUCAGGACGGUGCUGGGUUCCGUUACCUCCACCGAUUCCUUGCCCCGGGCGGGGCCCGCCCUGGCCCGGCAGCCCGCGCGGGAGGGCCGCCGUCCUGCCGGGGAAUUUCCUCUUCCUCCAGCAGCGCGGCCGGGGCGGGAGGAGGAGGAGGAGGAGGAGGAGGAGGAGGAGGAGGAGGAGGAAGAAGAAGAAGAAGAAGAGGAAGAGGAAGAGGAAGAGGAAGAGGAAGAGGAAGAGGCAGGGGCUGGGGCCGGGGCCGGGAAGGCUCCAGCGCGGUCGCCGCUGUCGCUGGUGCGGCAGGGGCGGAGCGGCGCGGGAGGCGGGGAGCGGGGCCCGGAGUCACCGUGUCACGGCGCCCGGGAAGCCGUUGCCACCGGAUCCGCCCCCCGCAGGGCGAGCGACGAGGCAGAAGGAGGAGGAGGAGGGAGGCCGGCUCCUCGCUGCCUCUUGUGUUUUCGCCCCCUUCCCGGCCCAGCCCCGGCCCCUGUCCUCUCGCACCGGGGCGGCGUUGGGGGGCGAGGUCGCAGCGGCGCCCGAGCUGCCCGCGGGAGCCCCGGGACGGGCCUGGGCCGCCGUCUCUGGACUAGGAUGUCCCGACAUGAAGGUGUCAGCUGUGAUGCAUGUUUAAAAGGAAAUUUUCGAGGUCGCCGGUACAAGUGUUUAAUUUGCUACGAUUACGAUCUCUGUGCAACUUGUUAUGAAAGUGGUGCAACGACAACAAGGCAUACAACUGACCAUCCAAUGCAGUGCAUACUAACAAGAGUAGAUUUUGAUUUGUACUAUGGUGGAGAAGCUUUCUCUGUAGAGCAGCCACAGUCUUUCACUUGUCCUUAUUGUGGGAAAAUGGGUUAUACGGAAACAUCUCUUCAAGAACAUGUUACUUCUGAGCAUGCAGAAACAUCAACAGAAGUGAUUUGUCCAAUAUGUGCAGCAUUGCCUGGAGGGGAUCCGAAUCAUGUAACAGAUGACUUUGCAGCUCAUCUUACACUGGAACACAGAGCUCCUAGAGAUUUAGAUGAGUCCAGUGGUGUUCGGCAUGUACGUAGGAUGUUCCACCCAGGCCGGGGUUUGGGAGGCCCCCGUGCUCGUAGAUCAAACAUGCACUUUACUACCAGUUCCCCUGGUGGGCUUUCGUCUUCUCAGAGUUCGUAUUCUCCAAGCAAUAGAGAAGCCAUGGAUCCUAUAGCUGAGCUUUUAUCCCAGCUAUCAGGUGUGAGGCGUUCUGCAGGAGGACAGCUCAACUCCUCUGGCCCUUCUGCUUCUCAGUUACAGCAGCUGCAGAUGCAACUGCAGUUGGAACGACAACAUGCACAGGCAGCAAGACAGCAACUGGAGACUGCACGCAAUGCAACCAGACGCACCAACACUAUCAAUGUCAACACCACUAUGACACAAUCUACAACAACAACCAACACAUCUAACACAGAAAACAGUCAGCAGACUAUCCAGAAUUCCCAGUUCCUUCUGACAAGGUUGAAUGAUCCGAAGAUGUCAGAAGCAGAACGACAGUCAAUGGAGAGCGAACGGGCAGACUGCAGCCUGUUUGUUCAGGAGCUUCUACUGUCCACCUUGAUGCAUGAAGAAAGUUCCUCCUCAGAUGAGGAUGAGCGGGGGGAGAUUGCAGAUUUUGGUGCUAUGGGCUGUGUAGAUAUUAUGCCUCUAGAUGUUGCUUUAGAAAACCUAAAUUUAAAGGAGAGUAAUAAAGGAAAUGAGCCUCCUCCACCACCUCUUUGACAUCCCACUUUGCAGACAAUGUCCUCUGUGCUGUAUUUGCCAAUGAAAGUGGACAACAACUAUCUUGGGUUUGUUUUGGUGAUUGUAAUUUCAGGUCUGUCACUCUUGUUACAUUGUGUACAUUCAAAAGAAAGAGAGAAAAGAUAUAUAUGAUAAUCAUUUCCACUUAACUAAUUUUUACUUCUAGCAGGUAAAUGUAGGUUGCAGUGCAGAGCUGAAGGCUCUGUGUCCUGUACCUUGACAUGCAAAAGGCUCUCCUAAUACUCCACAUUCAAACUGAAGAGGGAAAAAAAAAAAAAGAAAAAUCUCUAAUGAAGCUGCUGUGUGUAUUUAUGAAUAUUAAUGAAUAAAAAUUGCUUGGAUGGUUUACCUUAA